AUGGCGGGGCCUCUGCUUCGAUCACUCUGGUCUAACACCACUCGAAGACCCUUCUCUUCCCAAUCAUCACCUUCCCAUCUCAAACUCGGACACUCUCUCUCGUCCUUGCGAGCCUUCUCUGCUGCCAGCGGAGCUCCUAACAGCUCGCUCGAUCCUAACCGACUUCGGAACGUGGCUGUGAUUGCUCAUGUCGAUCACGGGAAGACCACCCUCAUGGACAGGCUUCUCCGUCAGUGUGGAGCCGAUAUCCCACACGAGCGUGCCAUGGAUUCGAUCAACCUCGAGCGCGAGCGAGGGAUCACUAUUUCUUCAAAGGUGACAUCGGUAUUUUGGAAAGAAAACGAACUUAACAUGGUAGACACACCUGGUCACGCAGAUUUUGGUGGGGAGGUGGAACGAGUCGUUGGUAUGGUUGAAGGAGCUAUAUUAGUUGUCGAUGCUGGAGAAGGCCCUCUUGCACAGACAAAGUUUGUUCUUGCUAAGGCCUUGAAGUAUGGACUACGCCCUAUUCUUCUCCUAAACAAGGUUGAUCGACCUUCAGUCUCAGAAGAAAGGUGUGAUGAAGUGGAGAGUUUGGUGUUUGAUCUUUUUGCUAAUCUCGGUGCUACAGAGGAACAACUAGACUUUCCUGUGCUUUAUGCCUCCGCAAAAGAAGGGUGGGCAUCUUCUACCUUCACCAAAGAACCUCCUGCAGAUGCGAGGAAUAUGUCACAAUUGCUUGAUGCUGUAGUAAAACAUGCCCCCCCCACCAAAAGCAGACCUUGA